AUGGUUAGUAUAGACCUAAAUGGUGAACCAGAGGCCGAAGAUGGUACUGUUGUGAAUUUUACUACGUCGCAACCCCCUAAAGAAGGAAUGCGUUUUGAUUCCGGUUUUGAAUUUAAUGAAUUUUGUCACCGUUAUGCUUAUAAUGAAGGUUUUGAGAUGUUUGUGAUUAGUGAUGAGUUAAAGAAAGAGUAUAAGGAUAAGGGUGUUAGUAAAAAAGGUAUAGGAGAUCUUGAGGCUAGGGCGCAUAUGAUGCAACGAAUAAGAUUAAAAUGCAAGAAGGGAGCGGUUAAAAAAAGUGAGGGGUCUAAUGUUACAGGAUGCAAAGUGUUUGUUUAUGGUUCAUUUAAAAAUGGAGAGUUUGUAGUAGUUAAUUGUUCUUUGCAGCAUAAUCACCCUCUUAGCCCCGAAUGUAGCCGAAUGAUGCUUAUUGAAAAAGGUGGUUUUGAUAAUAUUACGUUCAACAAAAGGGAUGUUAGGAACGCCAUAGCUGUUGAACGCCGUAAAACAAUGUUCGAGGAAGGAGAUGCUGCCAGUCUUGAAAAGUAUUUCGAAUCACAACGAGAAUUGAAUAGCGAUUUUUAUAGCUCUAUGCAACGAGAUGAAGAAGGCAUUUUAAAGAACGCGUUAUGGUCCGACGCGCGUAGCAGAGGAACUUGCAUAUACUUCGGGGAUGUGAUUAGUUUCGACACCACCUUUUCUAGCAAUAGGUAUCGCAUGCCGUUUUCCCCAUUUGUUGGCGUCAACCACCAUGGGAAGUCGAUUGAAUGGUUGAAGUGCAUGGGAAAGCCUCCGAAGGGCAUUUUAACCGAUCAAGACAAGGCAAUCGGUAAGGCAAUAAGCAAAGUUUUCCCAGGUGUUCCACACCGGCUUUGUUUGUGGCACAUGCUACAGAAUGCCUCUCGGAACCUUGGCAAGCUUGUUGAAUGGAAAAGCAUUGAUACACUUAUUAGAACGGCCGUUCAUGAUAUGCUCGAUCCCGCGGAGUUUGACGAGGCAUGGUGUCUUGUGAUGGACACAUAUAAUCAACGUAAGGGGUGGAUGUUGGAUGCGUACGAAAACCGUCGACAAUGGGCACCAGCCUACAAUAGAGGCCAAUUUUGGGCCGGAAUGUCAUCUACACAGCGAAGUGAAGGUAUGAAUCGUUACUUCAAAACUCAAGUAGACCUAGAAUGUGGUUUAUUGCAGUUCAUUAAAAACUAUGAGUUUUGUAUGAAUAUAAAGGCAGAGGAAGAAAAGGAGGAUAAUUUUGAUUGUAUAGAUAAGCCUCCACAACUUGAUGUUGACAAGAGUGUGUUAGCUGAGUACGUUUUCCAUAAGGUGUACACCAACGAGAUGUUUGCUGAUAUUGUGUGUGAGCGUAAAGGUUUAACCCACACAAAUGUUACCAAAAUUGAUGCAAUAGGAUCACUUUUGUUGUAUAGAGCUGACGAGAAACUGCCUCCCUCAUUGGAGGAAACGGUUCAAAAGCUACAGUGUUAG